GCAAUGCCUGUUCCAGCUCAGCCAUCAUGUUCAGACAAGACUAGUUCAUCCAGCCCAGAAAUGAACAUUUCAAAUCGUGAUGGUUCCGAGACAGAAACAACUUCCGCUAUUCUGGCAUCUGUUAAGGAACAGGAACUGCAGUUCGAAAGACUAACACGAGAACUUGAGGCUGAACGUCAGAUUGUCGCUAGCCAACUGGAAAGAUGCAAGCUUGGAUCAGAAACUGGAAGCUUGAGUAGUAUUAGUUCAACGGAGGAUCAGUUCCGAUGGCAAACACAAGAGGGUCAAAAAGAUAUAGAGGAUGAAUUAACAACUGGCCUUGAACUGGUUGAUUCGUGCAUUAGAUCUUUGCAAGAGUCUGGCAUUCUUGAAUCACAAGAUUUUACAUCCAGUGAACGGCCCAGCCUCCUUUCCCAGAGUGCUCUACAGCUAAAUUCUAAAUCUGAAGGGUCUUUUCAGUAUUCAUCAAGCUACCGUAGCAACCAGACCCUUGCAUUGGGUGAAACAUCAGCAUUGCAGCUCCAGAGUCGCAGCAGUCAAUCCAGAUCUACUAUUCAGAGCUACAGCCAAAACUCAAGUAGCAGAGUAGGUCAUUUAUCUAGUACUGAGCCGUCCCAAUCACAUGCUGCCUCUCACUCAAGAGAAUCCUUUGUGCCAAGCCAUGCGAGUGCUUUUCAUUUGCCUGAUUCUCCUCAUUCUUCAACACUUUUUUAUUCAAGUUCAACUUUGCCAGCACAGAGAGUUAGCUCUCCCUUAUCAAUGCAGCAAGUAGGCUCUCCAACCAAACUCCAGCGAGUGGGCUCCGCAUCAGAAAGUACUGGCUACAAUACCACGCAGAGAAUGUCUUCUCCGAAACAAUCUCCUAAUCGCCUUGCCAAAUCCUACAGUACCAGUUCACCUAUCAACAUAGUUGUAUCAUCAGCAGGUCCUUCUCCGUCAUCUGCACAGGUGACCUCUCCUCCAACCAUCCAGGCUAAUAUAUCUUCUUCUCCUUUACAUCAGCUGAGUUCAGCAAUUGGAUCAUAUGCCACUCUAUCACCAACGAAACGAAUAGUUAUUUCUUCUGAUCAGUACACUAAGCCUUCACAAGAACUGUUUGCCACAGCCACAUUGCAGAGACCUGGCAGUUUAGCAGCAGGAUCUCGAGCAUCGUACACUAGUCAACACAGUCACAUAGCUCCUGAACUGAGGCCAUUACAAUCACCAGAACAUCACAUUGAGCCCAUUUAUGAAGACAGAGUUUAUCAGAAGCCACCAAUGAGAAGUCUAAGCCAAAGUCAUGGAGAUCCAAUACUACCAGCACAUACCACCUCAUAUCUCACAAACACAGCCCCAUCUUCCCCUGGUGUCGACUCCGUACCUUUACAGCGUACAGGCAGCCAACAUUGUUCUCAGAAUGCAACAGGGGCUUUCCAGAGGGCCAGUUACGCUGUAGGCCCUGGCUCCAAUUAUGUAGACCCAUACCGACAGCUGCAGUAUUGUCCAUCCGUUGACUCACCCUACAGUAAAUCGGGGCCAGCUAUACCACCUGAAGGAACGUUAGCCAGGUCUCCAUCUAUUGAUAGCAUUCAGAAAGAUCCAAGAGAAUUUGGCUGGAGAGAUCCAGAACUUCCAGAAGUGAUACAAAUGUUACAACACCAGUUCCCUUCUGUACAGUCUAAUGCAGCUGCUUAUCUGCAACACUUGUGUUUUGGAGAUAAUAAAAUAAAAGGAGAGAUACGAAGACAAGGUGGAAUUCAAUUAUUAGUAGAUCUUCUUGACCAUCGGAUGACAGAUGUUCAUCGGAGUGCCUGUGGAGCACUGAGGAACCUAGUUUAUGGAAAAGCAAAUGAUGAUAACAAAAUUGCACUGAAAAAUUGUGGUGGUAUUCCAGCGUUAGUACGACUACUUCGAAAAGCCACAGAUUUGGAAAUCAGAGAACUAGUAACAGGAGUUUUGUGGAAUCUUUCUUCAUGUGAUGCCCUUAAAAUGCCAAUAAUUCAAGAUGCUCUAGCAGUGUUGACCAGUGCAGUGAUUAUCCCACAUUCUGGGUGGGAAAACUCUAUACUACAGGAUGAUCGCAAAAUACAAUUACAUUCGUCACAGGUGCUGCGCAAUGCCACUGGGUGCCUAAGGAAUGUGAGCUCUGCUGGAGAGGAGGCACGCAGAAGAAUGAGAGAGUGUGAUGGACUGACUGAUGCUUUGCUCUAUGUCAUUCAGUAUGCACUAGGAAGCAGUGAAAUAGACAGUAAGACCGUGGAAAACUGUGUGUGCAUUCUGAGAAACCUUUCCUACCGGCUAGCUGCAGAAACUUCUCAGGGACAGCAAAUUGGAACAGAUGAACUUGAUGGAUUGCUUUGUGGCGAGACCAAUAGCAAAGAUACUGAAAGUUCAGGAUGUUGGGGGAAGAAGAAGAAGAAAAAGAAAUCUUUAGAUCAGUGGGAUGGAGUUGGACCUUUCCCUGAUUGUGCAGACCCACCAAAAGGAAUCCAGAUGUUAUGGCAUCCUUCAAUAGUCAAACCCUACCUCACACUUCUGUCUGAGUGUUCAAACCCAGACACCCUUGAAGGUGCAGCUGGAGCAUUACAAAACUUAGCUGCAGGAAGCUGGAAGUGGUCUAUUUAUAUCAGAGCUGCUGUCCGCAAAGAAAAAGGUCUACCAAUUUUGGUUGAGCUCCUUCGAAUUGAUAAUGAUAGGGUGGUAUGUGCGGUUGCCACUGCUUUAAGAAAUAUGGCCUUAGAUGUGAGAAAUAAAGAACUCAUAGGGAAAUAUGCUAUGCGAGACCUGGUGCACCGUCUUCCUGGUGGAAACAACUGCAACACCCUAACUAGCAAGACAAUGUCUGAUGACACUGUUACUGCUAUCUGCUGUACUCUACAUGAAGUCAUUACUAAGAAUAUGGAGAACGCUAAAGCCCUGCGAGACGCAGGGGGCAUUGAAAAAUUAGUUGCCAUUUCCAAGAGUAAAGGAGACAAGCAUUCCCCUAAAGUAGUGAAAGCAGCAUCUCAAGUCCUAAACAGCAUGUGGCAGUACAGAGACCUCCGAAAUCUUUACAAAAAGCAGGAUUCCCCAGGCUUGAAAGUGAAUGAGGAAAGCGGAUAUUCACCCACCCUUCAAUCUGAGCCAGACAACGCUCUGUAUACUCUCUCCCAGGGCCAAGCGACCAGAAUCAAUUCCCAAAUCCAGGAUGGUUGGUCUCAGUACCACUUCGUAGCAUCUUCAUCAACAAUUGAAAGAGACAGACAGCGACCUUAUUCUUCAUCAAGAACUCCCUCCAUAUCUCCAGUUCGCAUGUCUCCUAACAGAUCAGCAAGUGCCCCUGCAUCCCCUCGGGAAGUAAUCGGCCUGAAAGAAAAAAAAGUGGAAUACGAAACAACAGGAUCAAAUGCUACUUAUAAAGGAGAACAUACUUCUAGGAAAGACACCAUAACAGGUAUAGAACUCAGAGCCUUGAAACCAUAUGCAUGUGAUCUUAUCGUAACAGUUGCAGGUUGGGAAUCUUCUGUGUGA